UAAUAGUGGCCCCAAGAACAACCCCUGGGAACACAACAGGUCAAGGACGUUUGUGUGAGGUACAGUUGCCAAUGACAACAAAGAAACUCCUUGUAACUUGUAAAGUCAAGUGUCACCAUCUACUGAAUAAAUUAGGUAGCUGCAUGCUGCAGGGACAGGAAUAUAGGCUACUGUAGGCUACCUGAUAAGUUGUCACAUUACCGGACUAAACAAUUCACAAUAUAAAUGUCAUAACACAGAAUAGUUGGAACAGUCUCUCUAGGCCACAUUGCAUAAUAAAGAACGCAUGAUCAGCCCAUCUUUGUGCACAUACAGGGCAACUGUCUGAGAACCUGAAAACUUUUUUCAGUUCUGCAAAGGAAGUAAUUAAUACUGAGGAGGAUAUUUUAUACUUUUACCUUCAUUCAAAAAAGAAUGGGACCCCCAAAGAGAAUACACAGGAAGUUGUGUACAACGGCUUGAAAAAUCAAGGAGCAACCUGCUAUCUGAACUCAGCUUUGCAGGUUCUCUUUAUGACCAAAGAGUUCCGACAGGCAGUAGAAAGUUCCCAGAUUCUUUCAAAUGAUCAGGUAUUUUACCAUCUGCAACAACUAUUUAAAGAUCAAAAAAGUGAUUGCGUGUCUCCUGUCAACAUAACUAGAAGUCUCUCCAUUGAAAACGUUUGUAAACAGCAAGAUGCGGUGGAGUGGUUUGAGAAAAUCUUGAGUGCCGUAUCACAGGAUGUCUCCCAGGUCUAUGAGGGAAGAUGGCAAAAAACACUGAGGUGCUUGAAGAGAGAUCAUGACGCAUGUCAUGAAGAUAACAAUUUUUUUUCACUUCCACUCUCCAUUGAUGCUGAACAUAAUGACGUUUUCAAUGUGGUCAACGGUCUUCAAGCCUUCUUUAAAACCACAAGGUUUGAUGAGGACGACUGGAUGUACUGUGAUGACUGUGAUGAGAAAACAGACACUGAAAUUAGUUUCAGUGUUCAGAAGUAUCCCACGAUACUGAAUCUGCACCUCAAGCGCUUUUACUUUGACUACAUGACAAUGGGAUAUCAGAAGAACUGCUGCCCUGUGGACAUCCCCCCUACUCUGGACUACUUUGAGAGUUGCACGUAUGUCCUGUAUGGCGUCAUCAACCACAGUGGUGUGUAUGGAAGUGGACACUACUGGGCCAACAUUAAGUCUUCUGAGAAUAAUAACUGGUAUUCCUUUGAUGACUCUCACGUGGCAAAGAUCGCAGACACAGACUUCUUAGAAAGGUAUUCAAAUUAUACAGAGAAACAAAUAAGCUUUAGGCAGUAAUGCUGUUUAUUCAUUGUUUGUGAAGUUGCCAUUUCAAUUUUUGCAGGUCAAUGACUGCAUACAUGAUUGUGUACAGGA